ACAUUAAUUCAUUACAUAUUAGUUUGAAAAUAAAACAAACAUUUCUAACUUUACAAUAAUUUCAGCUAGAAAUUAUUUCUUCUAAAUCAUGUUUGUGGUAUCUCCUCAUAUACGCCAGGAAUGGAAAUGUAUGGCUACUCUGAUUGCAAGAUUUUCAAAUAAACCCACAUCAUCCGAGGUUCUAACAGCCUAUUUAACUCAGUGUAACGAACCACCUUGGACUUCUUAUUUUGUAAAGUACAGUUAUGUGAAAGAUGAUCAGUUUGGAAUGUCAAAUUUUAAUUGGAAGGUUGGUAGUUCAAACUAUCAAAUAUUAAGAACUGGUUGUUUUCCAUAUAUAAAAUAUCACUGUUCUAGAAAAAGGGCAGAAGACCUAAAUAUGUCAGAUAAAUUUAUGAGAAUUAUAAAGGUUGCAAAUUUAGGUAUACCUUGUUUACUGUAUGGCCUUGCAGCAACCCAGCUUAUAAGGCAUGAAGAAAUUGUUCACACAAGCAAAGGGCCAGUACCAAUAUACUUUUUGCUUCCAGAAGAUAAAGGAUCUUUGCAUUAAAACACCAUACUGUAAACAUUAUUUAUCAUUUAAGAAAACUAAAGUGUGGUAUAGUGCUUAAAAGAUACUAUUGUAUAAUAGCUACUGAA